UGACCACGGAGAAACCUACCCCUGCUCCACUGACCCCGCGUCCUUAACUAGUCGUCAGUCACAAUGUCCCAGCGCAAGUCAUGGGACCUGCCGCUGUGCAUGGAGGAAGGCUUACCAUGCCUGGAACCCCUUCUCAUCUCAGCUUCUGCCUGUUUCCCCUGCUAGGGACAGCAAGAGCGGUUGAGGUAGCUACCCAGUUGGGAGAGGGUGAACUAAAGGCUGUGCCUAAGUGGGUGUGGGUGGGGCAGCUGCCUGGCAGGUUCAGCUCUUACUUCAGAGGAAGCUGCGAUUGUGGAUGAGCAGUGGUUCCAGGAAGCAUUUGGGCGCAUGGCCCAGGGAGGGGCGAGGCUUCUGACUUCCUCCAACUUGGGCCUAAGUGUCCCCAACUGGCUAAACGUUGGGAUCCCUUUGUUGGCCAGAAUAACCGCAAGUAAAGACUUUGGUGGCCACUCACCUAACUGUUUCACCACAUACAAGAAGCAUGGAGGCUCAGAGGGGUCAGAGCAGGGACCCAAGAAGCUCCAGAUCCAGAUGCUGGCCAGGGUACAGGACCAGCUGCUCCACAGUUCCAGCCUGGCCUAGCUGGGAAACUCCCCCCACCACAUUUUCAAUUUUAUAUUGGAUGGGAAGGCGGGGAAACCCUGGGUGUGUAGGGGGUGUUACCUCCUUUUGGGGUCUUAACAAUGACAUUUACUGUGUGUUGUCCCUGGUAACAAACAGAAUCUGAGUUCAAUUUAGAAAGUGUGGGAAGAGCACAACCAAGUGCAAAGUGGGAAUUUAAUAUGACCCUCAAUGCACCACCCAGACGUAACUGGCAGCAUUUGUUGUUUUACUUACUUUCAAGCGCGUCAGGGGUCAUUUUCAGGCAAAUCAUGAAGGUUGAGUUAUUGUUCAGAAAGCGAUAGACCCAGAAAAUCUACUCACCCUUGCCCCUAUAAGAUGUCCCUUCAAUGCUCCCCACUUUGUGAUCUAUUUUCCAGCUGGACAUCUGGGGGUCGUAAGGAGCCAAGAUUAAAAAAAAAAAAAUCAAGUCAAAGAACCACCAGAAGAAAAUAUAAUUUUUAGAAAUAAUAAACACUUUGAUGGAUCUAAAAAUAAGUAAAUAUCAUAGGAAAAGUGACUGUGUAGAGGCUUUGAACAGAUAAUUAGGAAGCCACAUACAUAUUGAUCAGCCCCCCCUCUAGGCAGAGAUCAAAUCAAAUGGGUCAAAAAGGCCUUUCUCAGUUCCCAGCUUAGCAAAUAUGUGUGUGCAUAUGUAUGUAUAUAUGUUUUUUUCGAUGGAGAGGCUUAAUGGUGGCAAUGUUGUAUCCUUUGGGGGGCUGCGGGUAGCCAUGGUGGCAGCCAAUUUGAGGAUAGCUUUAAAAAAGUCCCUGCUUUUUGAUCCAGUAAUUCUGCUUCUGGAAUCUGUCCUUAUUAACUGUUAGGAAAUUGAAAGACCUCUUCUUACUCAAUGAUGCACAUCCUUUUCUAGGAAUUAUUGAUUUCAAAAGAGAACUGGAAACAACCUAAAUGCCCAGGCGGCCUCAGAGGGAUGCCUGAAAGAAGACCUCAGAGGCCUGUGAAAGUCUGAUAACAAAGACACCAUGGCACCAAUGCUGAGCCCGAAGAACAGGGCAUCACUGGCUCCCAACCACAUGCAGGAGGUGCGCCUGCACCGAGUGGAGUCCAUCAGCGACCUACACAGCGGAGGCUCACUGCACCCCUACCUAGCCGAGGAGGCUCAGCCAUGGGAUGAGCUGCUGGGCAUCCUGCCACCGUCGCUGUGCGCCCAGCCUGGCUGCAGCCCUUUGCACAGCCGAGGGGGCUUCCUGCUGCUGCUCGCACUGCUGGUGUUCACCUGCCUGGCACUCGCCAUCCUGGCUGUCUACCUGAGCGGUAUGGAGGCGCAAGAAGCCAGUGGGAACCAAGGGCAAGGAAGUGGGACCAGGAGGCCUUUCUGUACGGUUGGGAGGAGCAACUGCAGAGACCGAGGCAGCGAAGUGUGGGGUGGGGGUUCUCGGCCCCUGACGCUGGGCUGAGUGGAAGGGGGACCAUGGGGUGGCAUGGGGUCUGCUAACCCCCCAUCUUAUCCUGCCUGCCUGUCCGCAGUGCUGCAGAGUGAAUCCCUACGCAUGCUGGCACACACACUACGCACGCAGGAGGAGAUGCUACUCAAACUCCGGCUGGCCAGCCUCAGCCAGUUGCGGAGGCUCAACUCCAGUGAGGCCCGAGCACCCAGUUGAGAUGCUACUUGGACCUGGGGUCUGGGGGUGUGUGUGGGGGGAAUAAAGUGGCCGUUAGCAGGUUUCUCCUCUCCCACUGCUGCUCCACACUACUUUCUUGGUGAGGGUUUUGUAUAGGAGCCUCAUCUGGCCCCAUAGCUGCCCGCCUCUCCUGGCUUCUUCAGGCCAGGCCUAACCAAAGCUUCAGGUGCCAAGACCCUGCUAUGGGUGGCCCAAGGUCAAAGGAAGUGAUGCCAGCCUCCUGGCUCCUCCUGUGACCUCUCAGCAUUCUCUGGCUCCCUCAGCAGAUUCAGAAGUCUAGAAAUAACCAGCCCCAUCCCAGACACCCAAGCUGCCAGGCCUCCCAGUGGGGAUCCAGCCUCAGCUCUCAAGAC